CCCCUUUCCCAUUUCAGAUUUAAUUUGUGGACUAUGUUUAUUUCUUCUGAGGGCGAUGAAUUAAUGAAGACGGUAUCACAUUAGUAUAGCGUGGAGGAGUCUGUUGCGUAACACCAGCAUGCAGUCUAGUUUUAUUAACAUUGUGUAUUGUAUCCGUUCCGGCUAUGUCGAUAGUUGCAAAAUCCGAAGAAAUCACUUCGGGGGUUUAGAAACAUAAAAUGGGUAAAUAAAGGUGCACAAAGGUCCAUCAGUGGACUGAACAGGUAUUGAACUAUGGCCAUUUAUUGCGUUGCUUCGGGCGAUUUGAAUUGUGCUCAUAACACUUCUGUAGUCAUCGUCGAGCAUGAUGUGUAAUACAUUUCAGAUAGAUUAGUAAAGAUAUAGUAAUCUGAAUUCUCUUAGUCAGCAUUAAUGAUUACCCUGACGUGACAAAAUUUGGAGCUGAAUGCACCUGGCGUUAAGUUGAAGAGCUAUCACGUGCUCUUUGGUUUAAUUUUAGUAGCUAAUGAAGCUUUUAAUGAACAUAUUGUCAAGUAGGCUAUAUUAAUCAAAUAUAAUGUUUCACAGUCCAACCAUUUCUAAAACAUAAUUACUGAUAUUUAGACAUUUUCAGUGUGUAAGACUAAUUGUCGUUGCGAUAAGGACUUUGCUAAUUAGGAGAUGCACAUUAUCAAUAGGCUACAAAAGGGUUUCAUCUCCAUGGCGACCUGAAAAUCUCAUUCAAACCCAGAAUGUGCGUAGCUCGUGGAAGGGAGUCGUUCCGUUGUGUGAUGACAAAGCGGAAGGGAGAGAAGAAAGACCCCGGAGAACUAUCACUGAUGGGCCAUCAAAAUGUUUCACUUUCUUCAAGAGCGAAAUAAUGUACGAUUUAUGACGUGUCAGUCUCCUGAGGACUUCCCUUUGCCACGGCCAUUGCUGACUGCAUCCUGCCCCUCGCUGUUUGGAGGCUGCUAUGUCCAGGACAACACGGCUGCCCUUACGGUCUCCUCUCCUGCUGCUUCCAACAUGGCCUUGAGCCCCAGAUCCGUGUGAAGACCUGAUGGAGCAGGAUGUGGAGAGCUCAGUUACCAUCAGGCGGCCUAAGCUGCCCAAACAAGCCCGGGAAGAUCUGCCCAAGCAGCUGGUGGACAAGAACCAGCCCAAGAGGGAGACCCAGAGGUACGUGCGCAAGGACGGGAAAUGCAACGUGCACCACGGCAACGUGCGGGAGACCUACAGAUACUUCACAGAUAUCUUCACCACGCUGGUGGACCUCAAGUGGAGGUUCAACCUCUUCAUCUUCGUGCUGGUUUACACGGUCACGUGGCUGUUCUUUGGGUUCAUGUGGUGGUUCAUAGCCUACGCCCGGGGUGACCUGGAGCACAUAGGAGACAGCAAGUGGACUCCUUGUGUCAACAACCUCAACGACUUUGUCACGGCAUUCCUGUUCUCUAUAGAAACAGAGACUACCAUCGGGUAUGGCUACAGGGUGAUUACAGACAAGUGCCCGGAAGGCAUCUUGUUGCUCCUGGUGCAGUCGGUGCUGGGUUCCAUCGUAAACGCCUUCAUGGUGGGCUGCAUGUUUGUGAAGAUCUCGCAACCCAAGAAGCGGGCAGAGACCCUGGUCUUCUCCACCAGCGCGGUCGUCUCCAUGCGAGACGGCCGACUGUGCCUGAUGUUCAGGGUGGGGGACCUGCGGAACUCACACAUUGUGGAGGCCUCCAUCCGGGCCAAGCUGAUCAAGUCCAAGCAGACCAAGGAAGGGGAGUUCAUUCCCCUGAAUCAGACGGACCUUAACGUGGGCUAUGACACCGGUGACGACCGCCUUUUCCUGGUGUCCCCGCUCAUUAUCUGCCAUGAAAUCAACCAGCACAGCCCAUUCUGGGAGAUCUCCAAGGCCACCCUGGAGAAGGAGGAGCUGGAGAUUGUGGUCAUUCUGGAAGGCAUGGUGGAGGCUACAGGCAUGACCUGCCAGGCCCGGAGCUCCUACGUGACGAGCGAGAUCAAGUGGGGCUACCGCUUCACGCCGGUGCUGACCCUGGAGGACGGCUUCUACGAGGUGGACUACAACAGCUUCCACGAUGUGUACGAGACCAACACCCCGGCCUGCAGCGCCCGGGAGCUGGCCGAAAUGACCGCGCGCGCCCGGCUGCCCCUCUCCUGGUCCCUGGCCAGCAAGCUGAACCAGCACGCCGCGUUCGACACGGCCAAACCGCAGCCGGAGACCGCCGUCCGGGGCUCCCACGGUAACGAGGACAAGACGGAGAGGAACGGCGACAUCGGCAACGUGGAGUCCAAACUGUAAUAGCUUUGUAUGAGCUGAGAGUGGGGUGGGCUGGGCUGGGCUGGGCUGGGCUGUGGGGUCUCUCCACCAUCAGCACAAUAGAUCAGCAUGCGGGGAGGGGGGGGGUGUACGAGCUAAAUGCUUAAGAUGAAGCAGAGCAGACCCAGGGACAUUCUGCCCCCCGACAGCCCCCACCCCAAAGAAAAAAUGAAGCCAGCAGGACAUGAAAACUGGGGUGACCGCAUGCUUUGAUAUUUUUUUUCUUUAACCAAUUGACUGCAUUUUAAUUGUUUUUUUAAAUGAAAUAUUUGCAUAUAUAUAUACAUAUAUAUAUAUAUAUGCUCCAGAGAAUUUGCCUUUGUAUUUUUUGUACAUACUGAAGUAUUUGUUCCAAACCAAUGGCAGUCGUGGCAGAUGUGUGAAAGAAUGUGAGGUUAAUUCAUAUUAAGUCAACAAGACAAAAGGGUCAGCUCUGUGUGUCUGCCUCACUGUAUGCAGUGUUGAGGAUUAUCUUUACAAUGGCUUUUACAAUAUGAAUACAAGCAUGUACCAAAACCUGCUGCAGCUCUAUAUAAUAUCCGCAAAAAAAAAAGAAGAUACAAUCAAUUUGCAAGACAUGAAUUCUCUGUGUUGAAUGCAGACACAGCUGAGGAUAAUCUUGUCUGACUCUGGCUGUGCACGAUGCUUUGUACUGCACUCAGGUCAUGUGACCAGGUGACCAGGUCCCUGUUACACCUCAGGCAUUCAAUGACUUCAUUAUAGGCCGCAGCUUCUACCUUUCUGCCGUUUACUUGACUCCUGUAAGGUCAGAGGCAUUGUGCCAUACCUUUUAAAGUUUCUCUCAGCGGAACGGUAUGGGGAGUUUAUUUGAAUAUAGCAGACCUGGCUGAAAUACGUAUUUGUUUUGGAUUCAAAUACUUUUCUGUGCUCUGUUGAUCUUGCCUGGUGUCAUUGAGCCUGCCAAUAUGACCAAGAGGCGGGGUUUGCACUUUCUGAGAGUAUUUCAUUGGUUCCAAUACACCAGACAAGAUCAGUAAAGCGCAGAAAAGUAUUUGAAUCUAAAACAAAUAUGUAUUUGACCCAGGUCUGGAAUGUAGCCACAGGUGUUUUGUGAAAAAGGAGUUUCACUUCUAUUUGUUUAUUUUUAGCUUUGACUCUUUUCUGUAAUUGUGCAUGGCCAUGUGGGUUUCAAUAUAACUGCACAAGAAAAAAAUUCUGUCUGUACUCUGCAAAAAUAAGGCACUGAGGUCUAGUAAAAACUAUCUAUGAUUCAACAAUUUCACAGCAAAAUGUCUAUUUCAUCCUAAUUAAGCAGUAUAGAUUAAUCAAAUAAGUUGAAGUCUGGCACCUUGAAAAGUAAAACCAUGCAUUACGUAUGCUCUGUUCAGACUUGUCGUCUGUAGGGAAGAGCCAUACAUCUUGAUAAAUUACAUCACCACCAGGACAUUGUUAAUCUGAACAUCGUCUUGUUUUCUAGUGGACGGAUAUGUCCUUUGAAAGAGAGAGCGAGAAAAAAACUGCAAAAGUGGGCUCAGUUUAUUUAAAAAAACUUACUAUUGCUAAGAAUCAAUUAGACAUAUUCCUGCCUGACUCAGAAGCACAGCCAUUGCUGAAGUCACACUGUUCUUAAGCCACCAAAUGACUGCCAGAAGGCCUCUGUCAUGUUAGCUAUUGGCCAAAGUGCAGCAGACGGUGCACCUUUAGUGAUUAGGCCCAAGCUGGGGCCCAAGCUCAGAGCACACAGAGAAAGGAAAACAGAACAAUGAGUAGCAGUGAUAAUCUUUUUCAGAAUGAAGUAUUCUGUGAGUAUUUCACAGAUCUUACAUGCAACAAAACUAGUAUAUUGUGGCAAAACCUUCCAGAAAAAGAUUUCACAGUGGAGUAAUGGUUUUGUGUGUAUAAGUUUAAUAUGCUAAAAACGUAAAAUGUUGCAAUUUGGUUGCCGCACAUCCAGACACUUUUUGUGAAGCUUACCUGUAAUUGUAUGUCCAGACAUACACUGGGAGACAAUCAAGACAUUAUUUUAAUGUGUAAAUUGUUCAGUUCUUUAGUUAUGUUCCUGUUGCUUUUAUUUGAAUUUUAUAUACAUAUUCACAUAUUUAAAAAUCAAAUAUAUUUAAGUACAUAUUUAUUUUAGUUUUUUGUUGUUAAAUGUUGCACGACUUGUUCAUUGCACUACUUGGCAUCCAUAGAGGUAAUGAUCAAAGAGAGACAUUGUAAUUAGUUUUUUUUAUUGCAUUAUAUCAUGUUAAGUAGUAUGCACAAAAGGGGUGGGUAUCUAAUUAGCUAAUAACGCAAAGUGACACCAUACCAGCACAACAUGCUUUAUAAAAGGGCAUUUAAAAAAAAUUAUUUUAAGCUGUGCAUUAUUCACAGCUCAAAAAUAGAUGCUUCUCCAAAUCAUUCAUACUUCCAUCUAUGUUGCGAUAGAUUACAUGCAUCUCUAACACUCCUCUAUAAUUUGCAAACAAGGAUAUCCUACAGAAUACCUACCUUAGGAGAUAAUGAGAUAUGAUUACAUAGCAAUCACUGCAUUUUGUGGUCAAUAUAUUUUUGUUUUCCUUACUACAUAAUGGAUAAUACUUGAGAUUCAGUAUUUCUUUAUAAGAGAUUCAUAACUCACUCGUGGGAACAAAUAAAAAUUGAUAUAAAAAAAGAAAAUGUCCUGAAAAAAAAUAAUACUUUAUAUACUGUUUACCAUACGACUGAUAGAACCCAGCUGUUUAUCUGCAGAGGUGUUCUGCACACAGUUUGCCAUAUGUGCCAUAAGGAGGCUAGGCUAACCUAGGCCUUCACAUACUUCCUGCUAUCAUUUCUCUCUUUAUUUAUGGGGGUUAUUGCUUACGGGAUUCCGUUUAUUUCAAAGGAUAGUAAUGCAUGAAAGACUGAUAGCAAAUUGAGGACAUACACAGUAAAAAUCAGCUGGAGCGUACAAAAAUGAAUGUAAUUUAAUCGUAGCUAACAUUCAAGAAAGAGCUGAACCAUAUUGAGAGAAAUAGGCUCUGACUUGUGAUUGGUCCAUGUUUUUAAAGCUGGCAGUACAAUAUUCCCACUGUUUCCAUGUAAACUGAAUUUCUCCAUUUUGCAGAAAAUUAAUAUUAUACUAAUUAUACAUUUGCUGUAAAAUAUAUUUAGUCAGAUUUAUGCUCACUGUAAUAGUAUAUAGUCAUUUUUGGACAUGCUUUAGCCUCUGCCCUGUUCUGCACUGGCAGAAGUUUUAUUUGGCAAUGUUUGGGUUAUCAGGUUUGCCGGAAAUUUAGUUUCUUUUAAUCUCUCCGUGUUCCAGUGAAGAUCAUUUUGUCUCACAUUAGCCUCCCCUGUGGGGAGUAAAACUGAGACAACGGAGCAAUAUGGCGGCGACACCGUUCAUUUAAUGAGUUUUCAAAUGAGCUCCUUCCCCGCUUGAACUCGGGAAACCGAGUCGUAAUUUGCAGUUCGGAAUUCACUGGAAGAUUGUAAUUCAGGGGCGCUAUCCUGGGAUCACAAUGGAGCCGGACGUGUAAAGAAACAAUCAUAUCGGAUAAUCGUAAAAUGAUUUUAUGCUCCGGCUGCUGGUUCAUGCUCUGUCAGAUGGUUUAUACUCUAAAAGAUGGUUUGUACUCUGACAGAUCAUUACGUGCAUUCCCUUUUGAACUCUCAGACAUACAGGGCACAAUUGACAGAUUAUUAUGCUUUCAAUAAGUAAACAGAAUAAACUGCCAUUUUUUUAAAUACAUGAUUUAAAAUCACACAAUGCACUGUAAAUUCUUUUUUUUCUCUCAAAAAUCAAUUUAGUUUUUCUUACAUGGUAUGUUUGUUUUUAUUAGUCUUAUUCUAUGUAUACAAUCUUAUUCUCAUGAGAAAUACUACUGACAUCAGCACUAAGUUUUAUGUAAUAAAUCUACAAGUCUUUUUUGCUUCACAGCACAGUGAAAACCUACGGAUCUGGAGAAUACAUUUUCAGAGACUACAUACGUGAUAUACAUGUAACAACGUGAGAGUCAUUUCACUGUUGGUUUCAGUGUCCUAAUUAUGUUAGUUUUGGAAUUCUGAGCUAUGUAUCAGUCUUUAAUUAAUAUAUAUUUUUCCCACAUCCUUUCACAGCACAAUGCAAAUAAAAUGACCAACUUUUCUCACAAACCAUAGAAA